GGUACAUUGAAACGGCACCGUUUUCAGGUCAUCCCUUUCAGAAGGCGGUAUAAAGAACACAGCCUCACCGUCCACCGAGAUCAGCACCACCACCAACCACCAAGCUCCGUUGCGCAUAUUUACACAAAUGCCACCGCUUCUUCCCAUUCCUCGUGCUCCUCCGCCGUAUCCUCUGCGUCACUGAUCUUCAACCUUCUCCGGAGAGAAUUUCAGCAUCUGCAGGAACAUGGCGAAGAAUAUGACGCAGAAGAUCUCGGUGUUGUUAUCCAAGCUUGGAGACAGAGACACUUUCGCAAUGGCGGCUAAGGAACUCGAGUCCAUUGCCAGAGGUAUUGAUCCCGCUGCCGGAAAUCUCCAGCCGUUUAUCUCCGUUAUCCCCUCCGCCGACGCCGGAUAUAAACUGGCGGUGAGGAAGCAUUGUGUCCACUUGCUGGCGGUUAUGUCUCUCUCUCUGCCUCCGAACUCUCUCUCUCCUUUUCUGUCUAAGAUUCUCACGCGCCUAACGCGCCGCCUCCGUGAUCCGGACUCUUCCAUCCGUUCCACAUGCGUCGCGGCCGUGUCGGCGCUCUCUUCCCGGACGACAAAGCCGCCGUUUGAUUCGGCGUUCCUGAAGCCAUUGUCUGAUGCGCUCUUCACUGAGCAGGAGACCAAUGCGCAGACCGGAGCGGCGCUGUGCCUCGCGGCGGCGAUCGACGCGGCACCCGAUCCGGAUCCGGAUCGGCUCGGGCGGGUACUUCUACCGAGAUUGGAGAAGCUGGUGAAAUGCGACGCGUUCAAGGCGAAAGCCGCGGGUCUGGUGGUGAUUGGAAGCGUGAUCAGCUCCGGUGGUAUCGCUGGAUCCGCCGUGGGCUUCGGCGGAUUAAAGGGUCUGGUGGACUGCUUGUUAAGUUUCUUGGGCAGUGAAGAUUGGGCGGGGAGAAAGGCUGCUGCUGAAGCCUUGGGGAGAUUGGCAGCUAUGGAGAGAGAUAACCUAGCCGAGUUCAAGACUAGAUGUUUGAAGAUCUUCGAAAGCAGAAAAUACGACAAGGUGAAAGCAGUAAGAGAAGUGAUGAAUCAGAUGAUCGAGGCUUGGAAACAAGUGCCUGAUAUAUCCGACGAGAUUUCUCCGCCCAGAUCAAAUGCUUCUUCCAAAGAUGAUGCAAGUGAUGGGCGUUACCCUUCUGGAUCUAAAGUUGCUUCAACCCCCGGUAUCGAAUUUUCCAAAAGGGGAAGAACCCUCCUAGCGAGAAGAUCAACUCCACCUGAGAGUUCGAUAGCCACCACAGCCAGGCAAAGGACUAACAUAAAAAGCAGCGAGAAGAAAACCGGUCUUGUGUCGCAUAUUAAACCAAACACAAGGAGAAGGUUGGACUGGAAAUCUGGAGCUAGUGUUUCUACCGCUGUAACCGUUGAUGAAGAGCGCCAACAAGAUGAAAACGUGAAGGAAUCAGGUCAAACCCAUCACGAGAAGGUGCAGAGGUCAGGUGGCACCAGGUCUCUAUCGUACCCUCCACCAUCCGGUGAGAGCUCUAGAUAUGCUGCUGCAACAGGACAUGUAAUGUCUGAAAAUCAGAAUAUUAAGUUCAAGGGCUUUGAAGAUUUGGCUUUGAUCCGUAAUCAGCUGGUUCAGAUUGAACAGCAGCAAUCCAGUCUAAUGGAUGUCCUGCAGAGAUUCGUCGGCAGCUCAGAGAAGGGCAUGUGUGCUCUGGAAACACGUGUUCAUGGCCUCGAACUAGCGUUGGAUGAGAUCUCGUACGACUUGGCGGUAUUGAAUGGGAGGAUGACUACUGGUUCGGACAGAAGCAAUUGUUGUCUGCUUCCUGGGGCAGGAUUCAUUAGACCCAAAUUCUGGAGAAAACCCGAGCCUCGGUAUCCAGCAUCGAGGUUGUCCAAUUAUGCAGGUACUCCAUCCGUGUACAGGAGUGGAAAUGCACAGACUGUUGGAUUUCAGGGCUCGAGAAUGCGGCUCAAUGGUACUGCUAGAUUUAUUGUCAACCCGCUGGCUGAGAUUCCAUCCGAUUCUUUCGCGACUGUGGAACCUACAGGCAUGCUUCGCAACUGAGGAAGAAAGCCUUCCCGUUUCAAAGAGUCUCAGACGAAAGCCAAUGCUGGAACUAAGUUAUAUAAACACCAUUUUUCGAUCUCGAGCUGCUAAUCUCUAUCAUUUGGGAUAUUCCUUCAACCAAACAACAUCAACAUCGUCUUAAUCCCAAGUUAUUCUUUCAACCAAACACUUAGAAAAAAAUUUCUAGCAAAAACCAAAAGGGUCGAGAGAGAGGAUCAAACACACACACAGUUGUGUAUAUAUAUGUUUUUUUUUGUUUAGUUAUUGCGAUGAGAUGGUUCUUCUUCAUGUUUGUAAUUCCGAUGGGAUUACUGAGAUUAUGUUUUUUUCCCCUAAAGUUGGGUGCUGAGAA